GAGGUUCAUGUUAUGUAAUCAAACAGACUUGUCCUGUUAGCGACGUGUUUUGAUCACUAUCACUAAAAACAUCUGUUUGAAGGCAGUAAGAGGGAUACACAACUAGAUGUGUAUAGUAACUUUUAUUUUUUGUUAUAUUUUUAUUGUUGGAAGAGUUGUGUUUUAGCCUACGUGCCGUAAGACAUGUAGCAUUUGAUGCAUGGUUUAUGCUUCUGUAGUGUUUAAUCGUGAGUGUACCUAAGGCUAGCCAGGCAGGCUAAGGCUCUGUUAAAUAGCAAGUUAGAAUUUGGUCAUGCCUCAAGAAGCAGAGCCCCCUCUUCCUCUCGUGCGCUCCCUACCCAGUGGAAUCCCGUGCCAUGUCGUUUUCUGCAACCGAAGUGAUCGCGUUGUUCGCCCUGUGUGGAUAAACUUCCGCGGGGAGCCGCAGACUUACAACCCAAUCCAACCCAAGACGGGACAGAGAAUGACUACAUUUGUCGGCCAUCCUUGGAUGUUCCGUGAUGCUGAGUCAGAUGAUCCCAUGCGUGUGAAUGACAAGGAGCUGUACCUCCCCCGAGCCCAGAACACCAUGUCACAGAUGUCACUGGUCAACAUCACUCUUCCAGUGUUUACCCUGCGGGAGCGCUGUCUGCAGGUGGUGAGGAAGUAUGUCUCUGCUGAGGACUUCCCUCGUCUGGAGAUUGCCAAGACUCUUCAGGAGGACCUGGCAGACAAGCCAAGCCUCCAAAGAGACCUUCAGUGCAUUGCACAGCGUGUUGAGCAGAGGCUACUGCAAGAGAGGCAACACGAGCAGACAUGAGUGUGUGUGAGUGUGAGUGUGAGUGUGUGUGUGUGUGAGAGAGAGAGAUAUGCAUACAAUAUUUGAUUGUUGUGAAUGUUUGUCUUUGUAUAGAAACACAUUUGUACAUUUAUAUAUUUGAACUGUAUAAUUAAAAUGAUAGACUAUAA